AUGUGGUUCCAGGUCGCUACUCUGUGUUUGGUGGUGAUUGCGGCGAUGGCGCAUCCGCCGGCAACAUCCCAUCAAUUUCGGGUGGAUCAUCACGAUCACCAUGAUCACCAUCAUCAUGUAGAUCACCAUAACAAUCAUCAUCACCAUGAUGAUCAUGACCAUCAUAGCCACCAUGAUCACCAUGACCACCAUGAACACCAAGCAUAUCACGGACACCAUGGCCACGAUGGACAUCACGACCACCAUGGACACCACGGACACCAUGAUCACCAUGUAACACAUCAACAACAUGGGCACUUGGACCACGCUUCGUCAUACCCUUCAUACCAAUUCUCCUACUCAGUUGAUGAUCACCACACCGGCGACCACAAAUCCCAGUCAGAAACGCGUCAUGGUGAUCAUGUAACAGGAGAAUACUCCCUCGUGGAGCCCGAUGGCAAUGUGAGAUCUGUUCAUUAUAAUGCAGAUGACCACCACGGUUUCAACGCUGUCGUACAUAACAGAUUUGCCCACCACCAUAUCAUCCCACAUCAUGAUCACCAUCAUCAUCACGAUCAUCAUGACCAUCACGAUCAUCAUAACCAUCACGAUCAUCAUAACCAUCACGAUCACCAUGAGCAUCACCAUCAUCAUGACCAUCACGAUCAUCAUGACCAUCACGAUCAUGGACACCAUGAGCAUCAUAGUCAUCAUGAUGGGCAUCAUGAACACCACCAUGAUCAUCAUCACUAG